CAUCUCUUUUUUCGUUUGUUCUAAAUUGAAAAAACAGAUUAUUUAAUUAAUUAAUGCAGUCACUCAACCCUGCAGCUCGCAUCUUCUGAUUCUUCUGCUUUGCCUCAUGACUCUCCUCACUUUCCCUCGCUUUCCUUCCCAUUUUCGCUCACUUUCUUCCUUCCCAAACACCCGCUCCUUCCCUUCAACUCGGCGCCACUGCUCAAUGACGGCAUCUGGAACCGCCAUUCUGUGGUUCAAGCACGACCUCCGAACGGACGAUCACCCUGGACUCCUUGCAGCCUCCACUUUUCCUUCGCUGGUUCCUAUUUACGUCUUCGAUCACCGUGUUCUUUCCCGUUUUUCCGACGAAACGCUGGAACUAGUUCUGUUCGCCGUGGGAGAUUUGAGGAAAUCGUUGAAGGAUCGCGGUUCUGAUCUAAUGAUCAGGUUUGGCAAUGCUGAGAACGUGAUUCUACAACUUGCAACAGAGAUUAAAGCCACUUGUGUCUUUGCUGAGCAUGAGGUGGAGUAUGAACUCCGCGUAAUAAUGGAUGAGGUGAAACAGCGUUUAAAAUUGGUCACAGUUCCACAAGGGACUCCAAGGAUUGAAUUAUGGCGAACUCCGUUUUAUGAUGUGAAGGAUCUGCAAAACCUUCCUGCAUCAUAUAAUGACUUUAAGAAACUUCGGCUCUCUGUUACUACUCCAGUUCAGAUUUCGGUGACAACGUUACGUGGAGCAGACAUGGAAUUGGAUUGGGGUGCUCUUCCCACGUAUGAGGAUAUAAAGGAAUUUAUGACUAGCUACCAACGGAAAUUGGGUGAGAAUUGGAGUUUAAUUAAGGAGGCUUCGGCUGAAACCUUUUUACACGGGGGAAUUUUGAAGCCUGGCGAGAGCAGUGAAAGUUAUAGCUUUAGACAAAUGCAGUUAAGGGAACCCAAUGGAUAUAGCUCUAGACAAAUGCAGUCAAGGGAACCCAAUGGAUCUGUUUUUGUGACACAAAAAGGAAAUGUUGUAGGAGGUGGAACAGACAAUGUACUGAAUGCAUUGGCUGCAUAUCUGAGAUAUUUGGAGGGAACAGCUCGUGAUGACUGGCAAGAGGUACAUGAAAAAGUGCGUGUUUUCGAGAGUCGGAAUGGAGCAUCAUUUAUUGGACUAUUCGGUCCUGCCCUAUCGCUUGGCAUUAUAUCUACAAGAAGAAUACAUUAUGAAGCUACCAAAUAUGAAAAAGAACGAAAUGCAGGAUUUUUAUCUCCCUUUGGAUAUUCAGCUGCCACAAUUGCAGCAGCAGUUGACGCUGUGUGCUCAAUGGAGUGGUAUUGGCUUCUGGCUUUGAGAAGUCAGAUAACUAAUGAUGGAAUACACUCAACACGGAUAUGGAAAUGGAAUGGAUUUCUUAUCCAGUAUACAGUUGCUGGUGAAGAUGGUCCUGCUGUUCUUCUUGUGCAUGGUUUUGGUGCCUUCUUGGAGCAUUUCCGUGACAAUAUACAUGGUUUAGCUGAAGCUGGAAAUCGAGUUUGGGCUAUCACUAUUUUAGGAUUCGGCAAAUCAGAAAAGCCAAAUAUUCUAUAUACUGAACUCUUGUGGGCUGAAUUAUUGAGAGAUUUUAUUGUCGAUGUUGUCCGUGAACCAGUCCACCUUGUUGGCAACUCAAUUGGUGGUUAUUUUGUUGCUAUUGUUGCAUGUAUUUGGAGUGUUUUGAUCAAAUCCAUUGUCUUGAUCAACAGUGCUGGCAAUGUCAUCCCAAGAUACUCAUCAAUACCAUUGUCUACAAUUCAAGAUAGACAACCUUCAGGUGCUUCUUGGUUGGGUUCUCGUAUUCUUCUAUUCUACUUGAGGCUAAGAACUCAAGAAAUAGUCAGAAAAUGUUAUCCAACUAGGGUUGAAAGAGCAGAUGAUUGGCUCAUAAAUGAAAUGUUAAGAGCAUCAUAUGAUCCUGGUGUGGUCGUGGUCAUGGAAAGCAUCUUUAGCUUUAAUCUUUCCAUACCUCUUAACUAUCUUCUUGAAGAUGUCAAGGAAAAGGUUCUAAUUAUACAGGGGAUGAAAGAUCCAAUUUCUGACUCCAAUUCCAAGGUGGCCAUGCUUAAAGAACACUGUGAUGGGGUUAUUAUUAAGGAGUUAGAUGCCGGCCAUUGUCCGCACGAUGAGGUGCCAGAACGAGUGAAUACUAUCAUUUGUGAGUGGAUACUUGGCGUGGAAAGUAACAUUGUGGCAGGGUGUCGAGGGUAAAACUUAUUGGUAUCUAGCAACUGUACAUACUAAACAUUCCUGCAUGGUAUUACUGUACCCUGCAUAUUAACCCACCAGUACAACGCCUUGUUGGUUACUGGAUCCAACACUGAGUUAAUCCAACAGCCUACAAAAAUGGUAAACAAUAUAUGUUGCCUGUACAUGCGCUAUAAAUUUGUAGAGUUGGCCUUCCUGCAUUUUUGUUUUGUAACACCCCCCCCCCCCCCCCCCAUUUAUUUAUUUGUUUUUUGUUCUGUUCUGUUGCGUUCGUCAUCUCUGUCUUUUCCUCCUCAUGUAUAAUCUUGGUUAUUUCAUAAAUGAUGAUGAGGAUUACCAUGGUUAUUACGAAGGUGGUGGUGGUGGUUAUUAUUAAUAUUAUUAUGGAUGAAUAUCCAG